UAUAUUUUAGUUCUGAACAGCGAGUUAACCAGCUGGUGCUGAACAGUGGAUAUUUUGAGUCAAUUCUAACUGACAGUAGUUAUCUAGAAAAUUGGCAUAUUCUGAUAGGUGAAAUAUAAAUGCAAUUUUUUCUAUAAGCACUGAUAUCCAAUGCUGUAAAAAAGUAUGAAUAUAAUGCUAUCCAGUGCUAUUUCUCAUAGAAUGUACUUCCACAAUGCAAGUCCACUUGGAAGAUCUCUGUUUCUUCUUGUCAUGUAGCAUAUUUUUGACCUGCAUGUGUUUGCAGUACAAUUGUUGAUGGUCAAGAUCAUCAGCUGCUCCAUAUUUCCCCCCACAUAUUUGCUUCUCUAAGUUCUGUUUCGAUGAACAAGCAUAUUACUGUAAUCUGACUGAAAUAGAAUUAUUGCAUAGGAAAAUCAAUUGAAGUUCUUAAGCAUUUCAUCUUAGUUUAUUCCUGGUUAAACUGGCUUUUGAGAUGCCCCAGCUUCCGGUCAAAAUCAAUAUACAUCAGAAUUAUGCUCUUGGUCACUACUUCCCCCUUGCAGAUGAUAUUUCUUCAGCGUGCUGAUAUAAAGGAAUCUGGGAUUUCAGUGACACUUGGAUGGAAAAAUUGGAACAAUGUGCUCUUUGCCAUCUUUUGCUUUGCAUCAUGAAUCUUUACUUUGCACGUCCCUUAUCAGAUUCAUUCAUUCACAGAGCAACCAUUCUAACAUGUUUUCUACGAAGCUAAAUGAUGAUAAGGAAUCGGAUAAAGGAAACUGGGGCAUAAAGAUCAUUUGUUCGAGGUGGGAAAGGAAUUUUGGAAAAAAAAAAAGAGUAGUUUGGAAAACUGUAACCUGUAGAGAUCAACCUGGGAGGGACAUGGCUGGGAGGAACAUUGGAGUUGCAGUGGACUUCUCAUCAUGCAGCAAAGCAGCUCUGAGAUGGGCAUCGACGAACCUUACCAGGAGCGGUGAUAAGCUCAUACUUAUCCAUGUGAAGAGCUCCUAUCAGAACGAACAGGGCGCAGUUCACCUCUGAGAACAGAGCGGUUCGCCACUCAUCCCUCUAGCUGAGUUCUCAGAUGUCACCAAGACAUACAGUGUGUCUCCAGACAAGGAGACAAUCGAGAUCCUCACUCAAGUGGCAAAUCAGAGAGGGAUUGAAGUCUUUGCAAAGAUACUCUACGGAGACCCUGCAAAGAAGCUGUACGAAGCAGUUGACCUGGUUCCCCUCAGCUGCAUGGUUAUAGGGAGUAGAGGGUUAAGCACGCUCAAAAGGGCUCUGAUGGGCAGCGUGAGCACCUAUAUUGUUAACCACGCGGCCUGCCCCGUCACGGUUGUGAAGGAGAACAUGUAGACAUGUAGCGGCAGUCAGCCCGUUGAACACUGUUGUUUACAUGUUCAGUCACUGCAACAGCAACGUCUAUGUAUGGUAGUCAGAAUAAAAUGAGUGUGCUUGGCAUGCACUGAUCCGGUGGAUGUUUGCUGCUUUUACUCCUUGUUUAGAGCUUAACCAGGACCGGAUGGAAGAGGUCUUGGCACUGUUAUAUGAAGUAAUAGUAAAGAAAUAAUUACUUGUAAAUCAGUUAAAAAAUCCUACUUCACAAGUUAAAAGUUCAGGCACUGAGAUGCUGAAUUUGCCGUUCCUCAGCCGUCUGUUCCCGUCCCGGAUUGGACGGCUGGAAAUGAACCUUGGGUCAAAUAGAGGGAGGGCUCUUCGUAGCUGACGGGAUGUCUUGCCAUGGCCUUGAGCGCCGCCAACUGCGGCAGCCGCGUGGUCACGAGGCGCAGUGGCGGCGGUCUCCUCGGCCGCGCUCUUGCUUCCGCGCUGCUGAGCACGGCCGCCACGACGCCGCAGCAAAUCGCCCACUACCUCGCGCACCAGCCGCGGGCGACCUGGGAGGCGCUCUCCGCCACUUUCCCCGCCGCCGGCGCCGGCGCCCCGGCACCCCACGGCCAUGCCGACGCCGUGCUCCUCUCCCUCGCCAGGCACCCGCAUGCCUCCCCCGAGCCCGUCGCCAAGAACGCCCUCACCUUCUUCCACUGGUCCGCAGCCGCAGCCGCAGCCGCUUCCUCCUCGCAGUCCUCCCACUCCCUCCGCUCCUACUGCCUCCUCGUUCACCUCCUCUCCCGCGCCGCGCUCUUCCGCGAUGCGUUCGUGCUCCUCGAGUCCGCCAUCGCCAAGUACUCCCCGGCUUCGUCUUCCGAUUCGUCCUUCCGCGACGCUUUCUUCGCCGCCUACGAGGACAGCGGCACGGCGGCGACGACCCGCGGCCUCCAUCUCCUGGUGCACGCCUACGCGCGGCUGCGCCACCCGGUGGAGGCCCUCGAGGCCUGCCGCUACCUCGCGCAGCGCGGCAUCCUCCCCUCCCAAUCCGCCUUCAACUCCGCGCUGCAGUCGGCGCAGCGUAGCGGGGUGUUCGGUGUCGCAUGGCAGGUGUUCGAGCUAAUGACGCAGAAGCGGGUGUAUGCGAAUCAGAGCACCGUUGAGCUCGUCGUCGGCGUCCUGAGCCAGGAAGGCAAGCUUGCCAGGACCGCGGCGCUUGUGGAGAGGAUCCACGGCACAAAGUGUGCGCCCGGCAUAGUGGCACACGUGGCACUUGCACUUAGGAUGAUCGAGGAAGUGAGGGUGGAGCAGGUCAUCUUGCUACUGAAGAGGAUGCUUCAGAGGAACAUUCUGCUUGACGACAUUGCUUACUCACUAAUCGUGCAUGCUUACUGCCAAGCUGGUGAUCUGAAAUCGGCAGUUGAGCAACGCGAUGACAUGAUUCGUCGAGGUUGUCGCCUGAAUGCAUUCGUGUACACUUGCCUCAUCGGAGCACAUUGUUGCGAAGGCAGUAUGGACAAGGCAGUACAGUUUCUCCAAGAAAUGGUAUCCAUGGGAUUGAAGCCGUAUGAUGCUACGUACAGCCAUCUCAUUGCAGGGUGUUUCAGAGAAGGGAUGGUAGAGGAAGGGUUGGCCUACUUCAAUACAAUGCUUCAUGAAGGUUUUGUGCCAGAAAUCAGCUAUUGUAACGAUAUGUUAGGGGGUCUCAGCAAUGCAGGAGAGGUUCGCAAGGCAAAUGACCUGCUGACGGCACUGAUGGACAAAGGACUUGUUCCUGACAAGGUCACCUACCAGAGACUUAUUGAUGGAUAUGGCAAGGCUGGUGAUGCAGAAGGCAUCGUCAAGAUUUACCACGAGAUGGAGCACAGAGUGCUUAAUCCUGGUGUUGAUGUUUUUACCACCUUGAUCAGGGGCCUUUGCCAGUGUGGAAAUCUGAAGGAAGCUGAGAAGUUUUUGGCGGUGAUGAAGAAAAAAGCAGUGGCUCCAACUAAUGACUUAUACGACUUGUUGAUCAGCAGCUACUGCGAGAAGGGUAACACUAAAAGGGCACUUUGGUUGUACGAUAUGAUGAUCUCAGAGAAUGAGAAGCUUGUCCCCUCUGCUGACUCUUUCAUGAUGUUGGUGAGGAGAGUCAUCAAAGUAAAGAAUUCUUGUCCCCCUAAUAGCUGACCAAGUGACCAUGUCAUUAGAUCAUUGGUGGGUGGGAAUUGACCGGCGGGAAAGCUAAAAAAGAUACAAGAAAAGUGCUGUACCUCUGAAGCCCAAACUGGACACCCGUCCCAGAGGCCCCGAUGGUGGUGAGGUCUUGCCUGUCACGGCGUUCUGGGCAGAUCUCUUGCUGGGGCCGGCUCGUCUAGCUCAGUUCAUGCCGGCCUUGCACUCCCGGAGUCCCACAUAACGAGGGGUAACAUCAGUGUUGCCGGAUGCUUAUCAGUCAGGCACUUGGGACCUUCAUACUCAAACCAGGCUUACUACCUCCACUGCGGCAUGCGAGCUUCAGCUCCUCCUCCGUGCCCUGGAACUGGUCCAGCUGAGGUCUGCACAUGCUGAUCAUCUGCAGCUUCACACCCGGUGCAUCAACCUCACCUCCUGUGAUCAUCUGCCCGACGCAUGACCAUGCCAGGGACCCAUGGGCAUCCGCUGCUCCUCCCAAAUGCCGCCACUUCCUUCCUUUGGUUAGUGGCUACUACACAGGGAGCCUGUCCACCAGAGGCCUGCUCCAUCGCCGGCACAUUGCUUCAAAUGGGCUGUGCCCGUUCUGCACCCAACAUGAGUCCCAGGUGCAUGCAUCUCCUGCCCUCAAGGCCUCAAUCCCCCAUGCAGCAAGUUUGGUCGGGGGCUAGUGAUUGGUGAACGGGGGCGUCAGCUUAUGCAACCAGCUUGACUGCACUUGGGACCUGCUACUCUUCGGGCCGGGGUCACCCACCCGCCUCAAAGCGACUAAGCGAGCUUGGGACCCUGCUAUCAAUCACAGCCAUGCUCUGCAACGUCUGGAAGGGCUGCAAUGCUGAAGUCUCCUGCGAUCAUCCGCUCCGCUCAGAUAAGUGGUUCGCCGGGUUGCAGAAGACCUACCGCUCUGGGCUAACCGAGAAAGAAGUCGAGAGAUAAAAAAUGCCCUGCGGUGCAUUCGCGGAUCUUGUAUGUAAAACUUUCAUCCGUUUAAUAUCCCGAUUUUAGUGAACAUCAAUGGCUAUCGUACCGCUAUAGUUGGGAAAAUUCAAGAUCAUUUUGCAUGACAUGCUUGGUAACCUA